AUGUACAUGCUCUCUCCAAGUGACUCGUAUGGCCCCCCCGCGCAGUCCCGUCCGAGCCGCCAAGUGAGCUCCGCACGAGAGGCACUGAACACGACGAGCAGCGCUCAGAUCCAGUCCGCCCCACCGUACGUCCCCUCCAGCAUCCGUCUCCCUACUACACGCUUGCCCUCGCACCCAGAACCCCGCGUGCUCCGCAUUCCGGACGUCUACGCAGCCACACGACGAGUACGGCUCGCGUGCAGGAACACGCCGCCGCUCGCCGGAACGCGAUGUGUCGUGUCUUCGUCGAUCUUCAUGUCCACCGCCCCGCCCCGCCCAGAACCUCGCUACCACCUCCACAUUCAAGUCGCAAUGGACGCUAGCACCUGCCAAGUAGAGCUGCACGCGAAUCUAGAGCAAACACUUACCGAACCGUCGCCAACGCGACAGACGAGUAGGGCCAGGGUGUGGGAACCUAAACCCGACCACUCCGCUCGCCGGAACCCUAUGCGUCGUGUCGUCUUCGGUCAUCACCCUGCCAGCGUCUCUCGCCUGGACACCCCGGUCGAACCCGGCACCACUACACACGACCCUGCUCGCCGGAUCGCGAUACGUCGUGUCUUCUUCGCCAGUCAACCUUGCGUUCCGCGAACAUCCGCGUUUCGCGGCACCGAGCACAAUCCGCUGAACAGAUCGGCUGCUGCUCGCUCGCACUCAUCGCUGACUUGA